AUGCACGAUCCGGUCCGCGCCCUCCGUGAACACAUCGCCUUCAACAAGCCCGGAAAGGGUGAAGCACUCUUCUCACACACCAUCCGCAGCUCCCGUCGCCCGCUCACGCUCCGGGCCUUCACGGUGCGAAUCCGUGCUCUCGCCGCGGAGUUCAACUUCGGCACCCCUUCCGGCCACAGCCUGCGCAUUGGCUCCCUCCUCUGCUACGCCCUCAACGGUUUCUCUCUCGCCGAUUGCAUGGUCAAGGGGCGCUGGCACUCUCAAUCCUCUUUCCAGCUCUACCUGCGCAAGCACGCAGACGUCCUCCAGCCCCACCUUGUUGUGCUGCCACACGUGUGGGACGACAUCCAGCGCGCGAUGAUGCAGAGCCAAGCUCAGGUUGUGCCUCAGAGCACCGCGAGCUCAGCGGAGCCCGCGCACGCCGCGCGCAGGGAUCUCAGCCACGCGCGCUAA